AUGUUUCGCUUAAACACUACCGCUAUCUACAGCCAAGGCAAGCACAUUCAACGUCGCUUGUACUCAUCAGGCUAUGAACAUUUGACUGCUCGCAAACAAUCGUUCAUUGCUCAAUCUGGUAUCUACCCUACUGGUUUCCGCGCCAGUGGUGUUGCUGCUCUCAUCAAAAAGAACAAGAACAAGGAUGUAGCACUUGUGGUCUCUGAUUUGCCCUGUGCUGGUGCUGCUGUAUUCACUACCAACAAAUUCCAAGCCGCUCCUGUGCUUGUCAGUAAGGAAACAUUGGCCCAGAACAACGACAAGCUGUAUGCCGUGGUCACCAAUUCAGGCUGUGCCAAUGCGGUGACAGGUGCUCAAGGUAUUGUCGAUGCUAAAAAGAUGCGCUCUGUCAUGGAUGAAUUGGUAAAGCAUCCUCUCAGUGCACUCACCAUGUCUACUGGUGUGAUUGGUCAAAACCUACCCAUGGACAAGAUUGAAUCAGGAAUCCGUGAUGCGUAUGCUCACUUGUCUGCAGAGCAUGAGGGUGGCUGGAUGAGCGCUGCUGAGGCUUUCAUGACAACCGAUACAUUUCCCAAGUUGCGUAGUGGUGAAUUCGAUUUGCAAGGCUCCAAGUUUAGAAUGGCAGGUAUUGCAAAGGGUGCUGGCAUGAUUCAUCCCAAUAUGGCUACCUUGCUGGGUUUCAUGGUGACGGAUGCCUACGUUAAGCCUGAACUGUUGCAAAAGGCCUUGACCUAUGCUGUUGACCGUAGUUUCAACUCGAUUAGUGUCGAUGGUGAUAUGAGCACAAAUGACACCAUCUCUGUGCUGGCAAAUGGAGGAUCCAAUGUCAGAAUUGAGUCUGAGGGGGCUGAUUAUGAAGCUUUCAGAGAUCGCUUGACUGCAUUCGCUGCUGAGCUUGCUCAAUUAGUGGUCAGAGAUGGCGAAGGUGCUACUAAGUUUGUUACUCUGCAUAUCAAGGGAGCCGAGACAUUUGAAAGUGCUAAAAAAGCCGCUUCUCACAUCUCUACUUCCAUGCUGGUCAAGUCCGCCUUGUACGGUCAGGAUGCCAACUGGGGCAGAAUCUGUGCCAGUCUUGGUCACAGUGGCAUUGAUGUGGAUCCCACCUUGGUCAGUGUGACAUUUGUACCUUCUGAUGGCAGCGACAACCUCAAAUUGAUGGUCAAGGGUGAGCCAGAGCAAGUGGACGAAGCCAGAGCAUCUGAAAUCUUGAAAAUGGAAGACUUGAACAUUGAAGUGGAUCUCGGCUUGGGUGAUAGCGAAACCAAAUUCUGGACCUGUGAUUUGAGUCAUGAAUAUGUCAGCAUCAAUGCCGAUUAUCGUUCUUGA